AUGGCGUUUGAGCAUGCUUGCGAUACGGCGGCGUGGGUUCUGGCUGCGUUCGUGGCUUCUCUUGACCGCGACGGCCAUGUGCGUCAGCCCGUUCUGUUGGCAGGUGCAUUGCAUGGAGCUGGGGCCCACCCACUCUUGGUCCAGGGCCUAGCGGCCACCCUGCGCCAGAAAGGUGUGCCGGCUGAGGCGGCGUCCGACCGUGCUCAGUCUGCAAUAUGCCAACUUGGUGCGGCAGCUGUCCAGAAGGCAAUGACUUCGGCCCAGCCUUGGAAGCAGUUGAAAGCCUUGGCCAAUCAGGCAAAGCCAGUGUUCCAGUGGAUUCUUCCGUCCGAGCUUCAGGUUCACAUCGAAGCCCGGUUGGCGUCGGGUGACGGCCCGAGCCAUCGCCGAGCUCAACGCAAAGUUCGCAGUGUUUCAGGGCCAUUGGCGCCCAGCAGCAAGGAGGUACAGGCGCCUAGGCCAGACCAGGUUGAGGUUCCCGACGGUGUCUUCAUCCAGGCCAAAGGUGGCGAAGCCUUGUGUGCGCUCUCCCUGCUUGAGGUAGGACCUCAGGCAGAAGGGGUCGUCUUGGUGACGCCGGCGGAGGCGUUGCCUUACCUUGCACUCUCGAGCCCAGUUUCCAAGCGUGCGUUGGCGCUCCUUGUCCUUGGGGAUAUCUGUGUGUCUGGGGCCACCGCGCCUGUGUCCCAGGUUCGGUUCCAGGCCCAGUGCGUUGAGACAUCUGAGCCUAUGCUACUGACAGCAACCAUGAUCCAGAUUGGCGAUGUUUGGGUGGCCAAGGCUGUGCCUACUCAGGUGGCGCCGCUUGAUGUCGUUGAUUCCACCUUGGUUCGGGUUGCUUGCUUCAAGGACCAGUGGCCUGGAGUAUGGCGGGAACUGAUUCAGGCACCAGUGCGAGCAAUUCUUUCUCAAUGCCCUCAGCUCAGGACGUGUCGCGCCUUGGACUGUGCGUGCCCGUCGUGGCAUGGCCUUAGCGGCCCAGGGGAGCCCGAAGCUCUCCUGGAGGUUUUUGGCAGGCAGUUCUUGAACGAGAAUUACAAGGGGGCAUCACCGUCAGAAGCUUUUGUGUUCAACGCCAUCCUGCGUAUCCCGAGCCAGCUAGUGGCUCCGCUCCAGGCUGCAUCCGGCCAGGCAGGCCUCUACUACGAGCCCAGGGGCGCUGACCUACGCGCCCCGUCGCUCCAGUGGACCGUUGUCUGGUUGCCGCGUCAUUCUCACGCAGAGGCUUUGGUAAAGAAGCAGGCGCACACUGAGGUGGUAGGGCUGGCGCGAGUCGGUGAGCGCUAUGGCUUGAGAUGCCUCGCUGCUCAGGCACGGGAGCUUCACAGCAAGGUGCGGCCGGAUGCAGAGUACAUCCCACGCGAAGGGGCAGUCACGUAUCACGUAGGCCCGUGGCCCUUUGGAAGCCAACGCCACACCUUGGCCAAGACAUUCCGAGCCAUCUCGUGGCCAGCCAUCCCUCAGCAGCCCUUGCCUGCAGGUGGUCAAGGCGCGGGCAUUUGGUGGGUAGUCCAGGCCUCGGAGCGUCCUGACAGAUCUGUCAUUCCCACAGCCCAAGGGGAAAUCCUGAUCGUUGAGCAAAAGGCCCGUGUGGUCGAAGCGCCACGCGUGCCGACUGUCGUUGCGUCCAAGUCUGCCCUUCGUCGCCUCUCGGAAUCCCGUGUCGAGGCUGAUCCCCUUGAUGUGUCAGACCCAUGGCAACAGUAUUUGGAUGGCAAGGCUAGUGGACAGAGCCAGGCACUCCGCGGGGAAUCAUCAGGAUCCUCCGGACCAAGAGCCCAGGGUGUCACUCAGGCGGAGUUCCAGCAGCUGGCGCGCCGACUUGAAGAGUCGGUGGGCACACAGGUUGCCACACAGGUUUCGCAGGCGCACAGGUCUUUUGAUGGCCGCUUGGCAGGUGUUGAGGAGAAGGUUGGUUCUCUUCAUCAAAGGGUCGAUGCCCAAGAGCAAGGUCUGCAGCAGGUCAUCCAGAACAUGUUUGCGGCCCAGACGCAGCGCAUCGAGGAGCUCCUUGGAGCGAAACGUGCGAGGUGCCGCGAGCAUUCCGCGGAUGCGGUGGUUGGUGGCACGUUGUUUGGCUUGCUUUCUUUCUCUCUUUUCAUUGGGGUGAGGCGUGCCAUCCAGGACCUGUCCGGCAAUCAGGCCCCAUUCACGUUUCUCCCGGGGGCCCCGGCGCCCCUGCGUACCGGAAGCCAAACUUCAGGUGGAUACACAGGAGUCGGCUUUGCAUCUUCAUAUCCCGUCCGGGCAUCCCCGACCGGGUGGCACCAGGAUGUGUGGAAUACCGCACGCGUCCAAUUGGCCUCUUUUUACGUGGCUCCUUUUUGGGUCCAAGGGGCAGUGGUUUAUGGCUGCCCGGCGGACCAAGCCAAGACGCACGUUCUUCUAGAUGCGGUCACUGAGCGGUUGGUGCUUAACUCUCGCGGCCCGAGGUUUGUUGUGGGUGACAUGAAUCUCCUGCCUCAACAGCUUGAAGCUGCCCACCCCGAAUGGUGCCAGCAUGGGUUUCGUGAAAUUCAGGCGGUCGCGGCAGCGAGAUGGGGCUGGCAGGUGCAGUCUACAUGCAAGCAUGCCACUCAGAAAGACCACCUGUGGGUGUCACCUGAGCUUGCCUCCAUGCUGUGCGAGGCGCAGGUGCAGCAUGACGUUUUUGCGGACCAUGCAGUGCUGGUGGGCACGUUCUUAGGAGGUCAGGCCAUGUUAUCGCGGUUUUGUUGGCGCAUGCCCCAGCCUGCGCUUGAACCGAAGGCAAAGGUGCAACCGCUGUCGACGCAGCCAGCCGUGCCAUUGGACACAUCUCGCCCUUCACAGGCCUACUCUUCCUUGUGGCGUCAGUAUGAGGACCGAUGGUCCGACGACAGAAGCGCGCGACAAAUCGAGCCCUUGACUGAGGCCCAACGUGGCCGGGCAGCCACCCUGGAUACCAAACUUGUUCGCACGGCUCCCGUACCGAUGACUAAGGGCAGGCAUGGUGAGGCCGAGGUAACCUUCUUUGGUGGGGAUUGGUGGUUCGGUCGGUGGUUCAAGCAGCUUCGUCGUUUGCAGGCCUACAUGCAGGUCGCGUGCAGCGCGGCAAGGUCGGAAGGCCGAGCCGAAGCCCAAGCCAAUCGGUGGCGCGCUGUUCGCCGAGCAGCAGGUUUCAAACCGUCGUUUGCAGAGCGGUGGCUAUGUCGCAAAGUUCGCAUGGCUGGGGAUCCAGACAGGAUGCCUGUCAACCCGCCAGGGGCCCAGUGUGCGCAGCAAAUCUUUCAGACGUUCGAGGCUUGUUUCCGUGACUUGGAAAGCCAACUUAAGAAGCACACGCGCAAACUGGCGCAGCAGCGCCGGGUGGACAAUCCAUCUUUGAUUUUUCGGGACAUGAAGCCUGAUCAGGCUGACGUGCUGCUCGGGGACCUCCCCCAAAUCUUCCAAGCCUUCGCCAAAGAAUGGAUUCAAAGGUGGAUCCGGCCGGACCACUUGGAGGCGCAUAGGUGGGACGGCCUGUUGGCUAGCUUUCCGUUGCCCCAAGGCCGACCUAUGGUGCUCCCGCCCAUUUCUGAAGAGACAUGGCGAGCGGCGGCGCGGGCGAAGCGGUCUUCGGCAGCCAUAGGGCCUGACGGCGUGUCACGCGAGGACUUGUUGCGCCUUCCCUCGGAUCUUGUGCAAGGCAUGUUGGCCAUUUACCAGGCGCUGGCCUAUCUCCGGGGAGUGGUGCCUGACACGCUGUAUGGCAACAUGCCGGGGAGGGCUGCGGCUACCAUUUGGUGGCAGCUUCAGGCAGAGGUGGAGCGUGCGCAAGCCCAGGGCUACGUUCUGGCAGGGGCUGCCCUUGAUUUGCAGAAAGCCUUCAACACUUUGCCCAGGGUGCCAGUUCUUGCUCUUGCCGAGUUGGUUGGCCUCCCGGCUGGGUUGGUGAGAGGUUGGUCCGGCGCUUUAACUGGGGUGCAGCGCAGGUUUAAGGUACGUGGUUCCGUCGGUCCGGCCUUGCUUGCCAAUGCAGGCUUUCCAGAAGGCGAUGCCAUGUCCGUUGUCGCCAUGGCGCUGGUUGACUUAGCACUCCAUCAUCAUAUAGCAGCACUGCCUCUUUCCAAAGUCAUUUCCUUCGUGGACGACUGGCAGCAUCUCACACGCCAUCCGGCCGUCAUCCCGGAGGCAGUCCAAGCCACCAAGGCCUUUGCGCAAUCCUGGGACAUCGCGCUGGAUGAGUCUAAAACUAAGGUCUGGGCGACAACCGCGGAAGCCCGGAAGGCACUUCGAAACCAAGGUUUCCAGACCACGCUGGAUGCUCGUGAUUUAGGGGGCCAUCUGUCCUUCUCUAAACGUGUAUCUGUCUAUACCAUCACGACCAGGAUUAAAUCAAUGCAGCCCCUCUGGCCGCGGCUUCAGCUGUCACCUGCCCCCUUUGAGCAGAAGCUUCGUGCGCUCUCAGUGGCGGCCUGGCCGCGCGCGCUUCAUGGCAUUUCGGUUGUUCUCUUGGGGGAUGGGCACUUUGACGGGUUGCGUAGUGCGGCUGUGCGAGGGCUAGGGGCCAAGCGGCCUGGGCUCAACCCAGCUGUUUUGUUGGGGCUCACUGUUUAUCCGGUGGCCGAUCCUGCCUUCUUUGCGCUUCUUUCCACAUUCAGAGAUCUUCGAACCCAUGGGUCGCCAGCAACAGUGGGCCAGUUGGCCGAUCCCAUUGCUGUGGGGGCACUUCCUGUAGGCACGGGGCCGGUUUCGGUUUGGUUGGGUAGGUGUAAUGCGGUGGGUUUGGCUUGGAGGCCCGAAGUGCAGAUGCUGGAGGAUUCACUGGGGGCUUUUGAUCCUUGGGCCACCUCCAUGCAGGAGGUUGAGCUGCGAUUGGUUCGCGCAUGGCAGGGAUCCAUCGCAUCCCGCGUGCAGCAUCGGCGAGGGUUUGCAGGGUUGAGACAGGCUGAUCCUGUCCUCACGCGCAAGCUUACAGCCCAGUGGCCGGCUGAGGACAGGGCCUUGAUACGCAUCACGCUCACAGGGGCCUUCUUUACAGAGGAUGCCUUGCACCACAUUGGAGGCGGCGAUUCGCCAUUAUGUCCCUUUUGCGACCAGCGUGACGGCGUUGAGCAUAGGGUUUGGCGCUGCACUGCUUUCAACCGCGAGCGCCAGCAGGCCCUUCGGGGGAGCACUUUCACUUUCGAGGACUUACCGCCGUGCCAGUCCAUGCAUGGUUGGUGCAUGCAGCCGCGUGAGCUUGACGUGCUACAGCAAGAACUGCUCGGCAUACCGUGCUUGCUUUGUGAUUUUCAGGUGCCGCAUUCGGCAGAAGAUCAGAUCGACUUGUUUACCGAUGGGUCAUGUUUGCUUCCAAGAGAACACCACCUGCGUUUGGCAGCUUGGGCUGUCACAGUUGCGGCCCCCGUGGGCGAGCCAGCAGUCAUCCUUGCCGCAGGGCCGGUGCCAGGCCUUGCGCAGACUGCCUAUCGCGGCGAGCUGUCCGCAGUUCUGUCCGCCCUCAAGUAUGCGCAGGCCUCAGGACGUAGGGUUCGCCUUUGGAGUGAUUGUCUGGGGGUAGUUCGGGGUGUUCGGGGGUUGGUUGAGGGGUCGGUUCGGCUCGUUAGGCCAACGGCGCGAAACGCCGACCUUUGGCUGCAGGUCCGAGACAUUUUGUGGGAAUAUCCUGACCGUUUUGGGGGCAUCUUUAAGGUUCCAGCGCAUGAGGCAUUGGGGGAGGAUGCCACUUUCUUUGAGGAAUGGAUACGCCACAACAAUGAUCAGGUCGAUGGGGCAGCGAAGCAGGCCAAUCGCGCGAGGCCACAGCGGUUCUGGGAUAUCUGGGAUGAGGUGCGUCGUGACGUGGCGUACCAGCAGCAUGUGGGCAGCAUCGUCUUGGGCCUCCACAGGGCCAUCGGACGUGCUUCGUGCAGGGCAAAACGCAAGCAGCGUGAGCCGGCUGACGUCGAGCUGCAGGUGGUGCCACCUGUGCCGGAUGAAAGAUCUCUGACGUGCCCCGUGGUCCCUGAGCGAGAUUUGGCCACUGUUUUCGCCAAGUUUGGAAGGCCUUAUGUGAUGGUCUUAAGCAACUGGCUCCGUUUGGUCACUGGCGCUGGUGGCGUUGUAGCUGCUCGACCCCGCUGGGUUUCUCUGGCACAACUUUACCUUGCAUUCCGACGUGCCACGGGAAUGGAAAUACCAUUUUAUAGGCAGUCUUCGAAGGCAUGGUACUCAACGGCCCCAGGGCCAGAGGAGAUGUUGCGUGAGGUUCCCCUAGGUCGGCGAGCAACUUGGUUUUUGACCCAGGUCAAGGCCGUGGUCAAAGCUGCUGGUGGAAACUGGUACACUCAGGAGACCCGGCCGUCUUCUGCCAUUCUCCAGUGCCGCCUCCUUUCCGUCUACAUGCGCUUCCCGGCAGAGCAGUUGGAGGCUGUGGAGUCGCUUUUGGCAGCAAGGCUGGGACGUGAAUGCCAACGACAUGAUCGCAGAUGGGCUGCCCUAACUUCGUUGUGA